AUGGCGAAUGCAUUCGAAACAAUUGAAUCAAAUAUGGAAUUCACAUAUAAAUUCUAUUUUGACAAUUCUAAUAAACAUGUUCAUCUCACUCAACAACAACUUGAUCGUAUUCCUUAUUUAUCUACUCUGGUAGCAAAUAAAGAUGACUUUUCAAGAAUUCAAAACCAAAACGGUGAAUAUUUAUUAAAACCUCCACUUGAUUAUACUUCAUUCAUGACUAUUCUUCAUUCAAUUAUUUCUGAACAACCAUACACACUAUUUAACGAAUUACAUGAAGAUGAGAAUAUAUUGGAACUUUUUAAUUAUCUUGGUGUAAAUUCAUUUCCUAUUCCUUUUUUGAAAGGAGAAUAUUUAGUUCCAUCAGAUCCUAUUAAUAAUAAUAAUCAACUAUUAAGACAAGUUGAAUAUCACCAACAACUUCAAUUGCCUACUACUCAACAAAUUGCUCACAAUAAACUUAUCGACUCUUGGAUAUAUUUAUACAAUAAUGAACAAUCUGUUCCUGAAAACUUUGAAAAUGCUUUUACUUGGAGAGUGCGUUUUAUUAAAAAACAAAAUAUACCACAAGAUGCAGCAUGA